AUGAAGCUCAAAUUCUCAAUGUCAAAUCAACAAUGCACAACUAAAACAGAGUGCCCCCAAAGAACUGUGAAGGAAGGUCGUGGUCUGGAGAGGGCAAGCGACCAUCAGGAGCACUCCAUUCGACCACAUCCAUGCAGCUCGAUCGAGCUUGCGGCUCCUCCUCUUCAUCAUCAAAGAGUGUGUGGCUUCCUUGGCCUUGGUGGAACUUGGCUCGCUGAUGUCUUUUGGAGCAUUCUGGAGCAUAUGGGACACAAGGAGCAUGGAGGGACUUGGCACAUGGAAGCAGCUCAACUGGACACGCAAAGGAAGAAGGGAGAAGCCAUCUUGAAGACCAGCUCGACCGUCUACUCGACCAACCGGUCGAGUUCCUCAACUCGACCGGCCAAGCUUCAACUCGAUCGAGCUGGAAGUCAAAGUCAAACCCGAAAAAUGUUGCUUCCCCCUUGA